ACAUCAGGCAGCCGCGCGCCCGCGCGCGCGCGCGCGCUCAGCCCGGCCAAGGCGCGUGCGUGUUUGUGUUUCAGUAUGAGAAGGCAACAGGCUCAACUGUCACUUGAGCCUCGGAGAGGGACGACGACGCGACCGGCAACGACAAGUCCCUCACAGCGUGGACAAAAUGUCUCAGACGGAAGUGAACGGGGCGUCUUGCCGGGGGAAGGUGCUCACUUUGGACACCAUGAACCCCAACGUCAAGCAGGUGGAGUACGCGGUCCGUGGAGCCAUAGUGCAGCGGGCGAGCAACAUCGAGAAGCAGCUCAAAGAGGGUGCCAUUAAACCGUUCACUGAAGUCAUUAAGGCCAACAUAGGCGACGCCCAUGCAAUGGGCCAGAAGCCAAUCACAUUUCUCAGACAGGUUCUGGCUAUGUGUGUUUAUCCUGAACUUCUAAAGGAUGACACAUUUCCAGAGGAUGCCAAGCAACGGGCACAGCGGAUUCUCCAGGCCUGUGGAGGCCACAGUAUCGGUGCGUACAGCGCCAGCCAGGGCAUCGAGUGUAUCCGUCAGGAUGUAGCACGCUACAUCGAGAAGCGCGACGGCGGGAUCCCCUCCAAUCCGGACAACAUUUUCCUUUCCACUGGGGCCAGCGAUGCCAUCGUGACCAUGCUGAAGUUGAUGGUGAGCGGUGAGGGUCGAACCCGUACAGGAGUGAUGAUCUCCAUCCCGCAGUAUCCUCUGUAUUCUGCCGCCAUCGCAGACUUGGGUGCUGUGCAAAUUAGUUACUACUUGGAUGAGGACAAGUGUUGGAGCCUGGACGUGGCGGAGUUGCGCAGGUCCCUCCAAGCGGCGAGGAAGCACUGUAAUCCGCGUGUGCUCUGCAUCAUCAACCCCGGAAAUCCCACCGGUCAGGUGCAGAGCAGACAGUGCAUUGAAGAUGUGAUCCGCUUUGCAAAAGAGGAGCGUCUUUUCCUCAUGGCUGAUGAAGUGUACCAAGACAACGUGUAUGCAGAAGGCUGCAAGUUUCACUCCUUUAAGAAGGUGCUGUUUGAGAUGGGACCAGAGUACUCGAGUAUUGUAGAGAUGGCCUCCUUCCACUCGACCUCGAAAUGCUACAUGGGAGAGUGUGGAUUCCGUGGAGGAUAUAUGGAGAUCGUUAACAUGGACCCGGACGUGAAGGCCCAACUUAUCAAACUGGUUUCAGUGCGCUUAUGUCCCCCCGUCCCUGGGCAGGCUCUGCUUGACUUGGUGGUGAAUCCCCCGCAGCCUGAUGAGCCAUCGUACACCACUUUUAUGAAGGAACGGACCGCAGUGUUGGACGCCUUGGCGGAGAAGGCCAGGCUGACUGAGCAGAUGUUCAACAAAGUACCCGGUAUCACGUGUAACCCUGUGCAGGGCGCCAUGUACACUUUCCCCCGAAUCACCCUACCACCGAAGGCAAUAGACAAGGCCAAGGAGGAAGGCCUUGUGUUGGACAUGUAUUACUGCAUGAGGUUGCUGGAAGAGGAGGGCAUCUGUCUUGUGCCAGGCAGUGGCUUCGGGCAAAGAGAGGGCACUUUCCAUUUCAGGAUGACCAUCUUACCACCGACUGAGAAGUUGAAGAUUGUGCUGCAAAAGAUUAGUGCCUUCCACCAGCGCUUCACUGAAGAGUUUUCUUAACUGUCCUCCACCUUUUAACCAUUUCAAGUAGCAACCUUCUAUACGUGCAGCUUCAAUCCAUUAUACUUUAUAAUGCACUUACCUAAACACAAACUCAGACAAGAGGCGCUAAUGCUGCUGCCCUGUAGUUUUUUUAUCAUGAGAUUUUCCUCAAAAGGUGCCAACUGAAAUGUAAAAAGCACUUUUAAAUGUGAUUAAAACCACAUUCUAGGUUGUAA